GCCGGCUAUUCAUCGGGAAUUGCACGUCAAGAGCCCCUCUUCACGCAUCCAGCGGGGACUUAUGCGACAUUCUUCGUAGACUGAUUGAUCCAAUGAUGAAUGGCUGGUUGACAAUGACAAGCUCGUGUGGAGCGCACAUCGUGCCCCAGUCCUUUCCCCGCAUUUUGGCUUCGAUCCUAAUAAAAGUCGGGAAGCUCGCCGAUAGCCCUGAUUCAUCUCAAACCACUGUCUAUUGUCCCCAUUGAAUCGGUUCUUUUGAUCAUCUAUCCCAUAUGUCGAAGAGAAAGCGGUCAUGCCCCGAGGAUCCGUCGGAUACAGUGCCGACUUCAGAUGCUGCAGGCCUGAGUAUCUCGUCCCGUCGUCUGAGCACGGCGGAAGAGCCCAAGACAGUGGAGGUUCUGCCGGGGAUUACUCGCAAGAUCACCGCUUGUGCAGCAUGUAGGAAGCAGAAGAUACGAUGCGACAUGCCCGAGGGUGUUCCGCCUUGUGUGCGCUGCCGCCGUCGAUCCCUCACAUGUGUGCUGAACAAGAGCCUGCAGUCGUUGGUUGAAGAGGCGAAGAAUACCGACAUCCUACAGGCAGAUGUACGCGAGAUUCACGGUACGCUCGGUGCCAUCUGCGAUCAUCUUAAUCUGAAUCGACCAAAGCCUCUUCUUUCCGUCUCAACGGGUGAUAUACACCAUUAUGAAAAUAGCAAUAGCGAUAAUGAACGAGAUGACGCUGUUUCGGGCUGCGAGGUCUCGCCGCCAGGAACUCCCUCGGCUGUUCAAGCACCCAUCGACACAUUCCUGGACAUCGCUAAGCUAGGGAGUCCUGGCUCAGCAGAUACUCCAUCUCAGAGUGGCGCACGCCAUCGACGAUUAGCUGGAUCGCAGGAUCUAGUUAGCAAAGGAAUCAUUAGCGCAACCGACGCUGGGAUCCUGGUGGAACGGUACUUCACCCGAUUCGACUCAUAUUUGUAUGGCACUAGCAGUAAAUUCUAUGACUUGCAGAAACUGCGGACAUCUUGUCCAACCUUGCUUGCUGCCAUCUGCACAAUAUCAGCUAUACAUGACCCACAGAGCCAGGCCCUGUAUGAAGUCUGUAAUCGCGAGUUCCGUCGUCGAGUGUCACGGUCUUUGUUUGAGAAACACGGUCUGGAGUACUUACGUGCUUUGACUGUGAGCAGCUUCUGGCUUGCUGAUGCAUCGAGGAUCCUCUUGAGCGAUGCGGUGCGAAGGUCCGCAGACAUCCAUCUUCAUCGCAGCUUUGGCCACAUAUGGAACAUGGCAAAUGGAGGUCCUGUCACAACGCCAGGAAGUACUUCUCAUGGGCCAUCCCCUUCUAUGGCAGAGAUGAAAGACCGAGUCCGGUUGUGGUAUCUGUUAUUCAUUUGCGAUCAGCAUCUCUCCAUCCUACACAAUCGUGACCCGUUGCUUCGCAGCGACAAAGAAAUUGCGAUGAGCUGGGAGGCGUACCUGAAACGAGAAGACUCAAAAGACACUGAUAUACGCAUUGUCUCUCAAGUAGCCCUACUUUUGAUCAUGAGCCAGGUUCGAGAUCUGCUGGGAUCAGACCAAGAGACACGCGUGCCGCAAACACUGGCAAACCAGAUUGUCCACUAUUCACGACAACUCGACAAGUGGUUCACCAGGUUCUCUGCACUCUUCAAACCAGAUCCUUGCAUCGGGGACUUCCCAAGACGGGGUCUCCAGCUGCAUUACCAAUUUGGCAAACUGUAUCUCGGACAUCAGAUCUUCAAAGGCCUUCAAGGCGAAGCCAUCCCUCCUCCAUUUAUGACAGCAGCCAGCAUGGCUCAUGAUGCAGCCAUUGCCAUUUUCGAAAUGAUCCUGCAGGAUGAGCAGCUACAACAAAAUCUGGUCGGAAUGCCGCAUUAUUUUCACAUCAUGAUCGCAUUUGCUGGUCAUUUCCUCCUAGAGGUCACCAAAACGUAUGCCGUGCAGCUAUCCAUAACAGCCGAUGAGAACUUGUCAUUGAUCCAAAGGGUCUUGACGCUCUUCCAAAACACCCCGUGUGUACCACAGCAUCCUAUCUGUCGCAUGACGCCUGGUUUAAACAGGAAGCUCUUCGAUUGCGCUGCCAGCCUUCAAUCUCGACCUUCCACGUUUCCGGAUCUUCAAAGGCCAGUGGAAUAUCACAGGCCAGCUCAGCAGGUACCGUCAUCAGGGCCUUUCUCCUUCUCUGGGGACUCCUUAGUCACUCCUGCUGACGACUUUCUGUUGACUGACUUUGGCGAGUUUAAUUUCCCUGGGAUGAUGUCUAAUUUCAUGCCUUAAUGUUAGCUGAUAGAAUAUGAAGCGCGAUUUUGAUGAACAGUAUUUUCUCAUGAUUUUGGAUAGACUCAGGAGAAUAUAGACAAUCUCUCCUCAUGAUGAUGUAGCUUGAUGAUUUGCAUGAGUGUUUUGGAAAUGAAAAAAAAGAAGAGAGGAACGCGUUGGUGUUGACCUCCUGUAUUCCUCAGGCAUCAAUCUGUCACUCUCACUGCAGCUGUUUUUGAUAGCCAAAUAACGUAUUACUGGACCUUCUGGAGGACAUUGAAACUGGGAUUUGUCAAUUGACAAGUUGGCGAC